UCGUCAAAUACCAGAAUGAUUUUAUUUAAAUUGUAUGUGAUUUUGGGUGUCUUAGCCAUCUCCAAAGCGCUAACAACAUUUAUGCCUAAUUUACCUUUGGGUGAAUAUAGAAUUUUAGCAUCAGCAGUUAAUCAAUGUGAAGAUCAACCAAAAAAUCUACCAUUGAAGGCUAAUUUAUAUUUGAGUAAAAAGUCAUCUAAUACAACCGAAGUUAGAGGGAAUUUGUCAUUGGAGAUACUUUUUGACGAUUCUCUAACAUUAGAUACAAACUUCGCUUCUUGGAGUUUAACUGGAGGUUGGAAACCAAACUCUCUAAUUUAUGUCACUAAGAAUGCCUGUUCUAAAGCUAAAAGUAUCCUGGGAAAUGCAUGGUAUUCAUUUUUAAAGACUGUCAAUUCAACAACUACAAACUGCCCACUACCAAUGGGUAUUUAUCAAAUCUCGGGAUACGACACAGCACUUUUAAAUGACAACAAUUUUCCUAAAGUGUAUUUUUAUGGAAAAUAUAAAUAUGUAGGUAAAAUAAAAAACAAAUAUAAUAAAGUAGUCGGUUGUAUAACUGCUGAGUUAAGCUUUGCACGGCCAUGGGAAUCGACUUUAUAAAUGACUCUGAAAUAUACUAUACAAAUAUAAGUUCAAACAUACAGUUACACAUUCUUUUGGAAAAAGUCUCAACACUCAUCAUCCACGCUAGUCUAUACAGUCAUUUGUUUCAUA